ACCAAGCGGAAGGAGGAGAUGGUGGAGCAUUUAUCAGAGGAGCCCCAAGUUGGUGCUGACUCCGCCCCCAGGCACCCUCCCAAGAGGCCCCUGGUCCGGGGCCGGGGGCCUGUCAGCAGCAUCUUUCGCAGUGCCUUGACCAGCAUCCUGAAGACACCGGCCCUACAGACCCGGCGAGAGCCGAAGAGGAGUGAGGAGCCACAGCCAGACUGGGGGGAGGCGGAGCACCAGGGUUCGAUGGCACCGACCACCAGCCACUCACCCUCAACGCCGCCAAGGUCACAGGCCCCAACCCGGGAGGUCCUUGAGAGGGCGGAGGAGUUGGAUCCCGAAACUGAGGCAGCAUCAACAGUGAGACGUGCCCGCCGCCUGGACAGCACAGACAGCCUGGGGGGGAUGUCACCCUCCGAAGCCAUGGUGCUCCAAUGCAAGAACAUUCCAGCCAGUCUUAACAGCAAGGACAUCCUGGGGGAACAUUUCCGCCAGUUCGGACGUGUGCAGCGGAUCUUCUGCAGGCCCCAGAAGAACCUGGCCAUAGUGCACUUCCACGACCAUGCUUCUGCUGCCAAAGCCAAGAAGAAGGGCAAACUGCUGCGCAGGCAUGAGCUCACCAUCUUCUGGCAGAGGAAGAAGCAGAGUCCAGGAGAGAAGGGCCAAAGGCCUCCAGAUGACCCUGAUCCUCAGAGCCAGGCAGGAGGCUUUGAGUCAGCCCCUGUCUGCAAAGCCCUCUCCAAAUCCACCUCCGGCUGGUCCUCCAGCUCAUCCCUAUCCAGAGGGUCACCAGCCAAGAAACCCCUGGCGACAAAGGCCCUGCAGUUUGAGAGUGAGCCGCAGAUGGAGCCCAGCCUGCUAGAGCAGCGGGACAAGAUCCUGCGACAGGCUCGGCCCAAGAGGACCGACCUGGAUCUGUCCAAGGUGUUUGUGGGUACGUGUCCUGACAUGUGUCCGGAGAAGGAGCGUUACAUGAGGGAGACCCGGAACCAACUGAGCUCUUUUGAGGUCAUCCCCAACACGGAGAAGGUGGACCACACUGCUGCCAUUAAGGAGUACAGCAGGUCCUCUGCUGACCAGGAGGAGCCCCUCCCCCAUGAACUGCGGCCCCUUACUGUGCUGAACAUGACCAUGAACUACCUGGUUACCCAGGUCAUGGACCAGGGUGAGGACAACUACCGUGACUGGUAUGACUUUGUGUGGAACCGCACACGAGGUAUCCGGAAGGAUAUCACUCAGCAGCACCUGUGCGACCCGCUUACGGUGUCCCUUAUUGAAAAGUGCGCCCGCUUCCACAUCCACUGCGCACACCACCUGUGCCAGGAGCCCAUGAUGUCCUUUGAUGCUAAGAUCAACAAUGAAAACCUGACCAAAUGCCUGCAGAGCCUCAAGGAGAUGUACCAGGACCUGGCCAGCAAGAACAUCUACUGCCCUCAUGAGGCAGAGUUUCGGCAGUACAGCGUGCUCCUGAAGCUCAAUGAUGGAGACAUCCUCCGGGAGGUGCAGCAAUUCCGGGCGGAGCUCCGAAACUCUCCGGAGGUGAAGUUUGCCGUCCAGGCCUUUGCCGCUGUCAACAGCAACAACUUCGUGAGGUUCUUCAAGCUGGUCAAGGUGGCCUCGUAUCUGGCUGGUUGCAUCUUGCACCGCUACUUCGACCAGGUGCGCCGUGAGGCUCUGCGGGCCCUGAAUGUGGCCUACAGCUCCCGUGGUUCCACCACAUUCCCGGUCGAAGACCUGGUCCGGAUGCUCAUGUUCCAGAAUGCCGGCGAGGCUUCGGACCUCGCGCUGCAGUAUGGGCUCGCGGUCGAUGCAGGCAUGGUGGAGCUAAGCCGGACAGCGUACCAGGAGCCUGAGAUCCAGCCACGUCCAAAGCGCUCUGUGGCCAUCGCAAGGAAGCGGGAGGUGCUGGUGGGCCAAGUGGUCAACGGCGCGCCACUGCCCAACCCACCCCAACACACACCCGUCAACAGCUUUGACAGCCGCAACAAGUACCGUGGGGAUGGGCAGCCAGCGGAGGCAGGCAGUGUGCCCAGGGCUGCAGCCUCCCCUCAGAGGCCCCCCAUUGAGCUGGAUGCGCGGGCCCUCCAGCACCGAUCCAAGAUGCCGAGCGACCCAGCGGAGUCAGCUGGCCUCCCUGGUAGAGAGGAGAGUGGAGCACUUGGGGCAUCUCCGUCGGAGGCACCACCAGUCGCCCCACCUACGCCUCCCCCACCGGAGCCCGUUUACACAGAGCAGGACAUCGCCACGGAGGUAGAGGCCAUGCUGGAGGAGGUAGUGCAGGCCGAGGUGGCUGACGUGGCUGCCACCGAAGCCGAGUACAUCUCUGCUGCACUCAGCAUGUGCAACGGCCAGGUGGAGGCAGUGCUGAGUGAGGUGGUGGAGCAGAUGCUGCGGGAGGUUUCUGCUGCCGAGAUCCAGGCAGAGAGGGAGCAUAUCGCUGAGGAGAAGCGCAGGAUGGAGGAAGCCAGGAGAAAGCAGGAACACGAGGAGCUCCUGGCCCGGCUCAGCAAGACACUGUGUGCCGAGAUCACACAGGAGGUGCUGCGCGACUGCAUCGUGGAGACUGCCUCAACAGAGAUCAGGCGUGCCCAAGAAGAGCAGGCAGAAUGUGUGGCUCGCAGCUCACAAGACGUGUGUGAGGUACUGCUGGAGGAGACGCUGUGUGGUGAGCUCACCCUGCUGGCCCAAGACGUCCUGGAAGCAGAGCUUCUGAGUAUACGCAGGUUCAUCAAAAGGUGGCGUGAUGUGGUGGCCGUGCGCAGGCAGCUGAAGCGACAGAUGCGUGAUUUUCCUGCUGCCCCUGGCUGUGUGGACCCCCGCUUCAGGCUGCAGGCCUUGGCCCCCAGUGCCCCCCCCUCACCCUGCCUGGACAGGCUGGCCCGGGGCGUGGUCAACCUGGGGCACGCUGACCUGCUCAGUCUGGUGGCAGCAAGCGUCUCGAACCCAUCUGACACAAUCUUCUGGAAGGCAGCCCUCUUGUUGCCAAGUGAUCAUGAAAGAGAUGCCAGUGUUGCUAACCAGAUUUUGACAGAAUGGCUGGAGUCCAAAUUCGGUAACUCGGAGAAGCAAGAACACAGGGAGAUGGUCCCCAACGGACACAUGCAAACCUUGAGCAUCAGCAGCGGCCUGCGGAGCGUGGGGGAGCGCAUGCACACAGUGCACGUGUGUGUGAAGGUGGCCCGCGGGCCCCUCAGCGAGGAAGGCCAGUUGGCAUUGGAGAAGCGGAAGGGGCUGAUGGGCAUGGGCGCCCUGCUGAUGCUGCUGCCCUCGGCAGUCAGUCCCGGGGCUGAUGAGGAAGACGGGGACAUCUUCCUGUUAUCCGCCCUGCUGCAACUCCGGCAGAUCCAGCAGGCUAAUGCCUGGCCACAGGCCCUUCCUCUGGUGGUGGUGGUCCCAGGGCAGGCUGGGCACAGGGCCAGCGAUGAACGGCUAGAGGAAGACCUGAUGCUUCAGACACUCAUUGAGGAAGGUUUGAUUUCAGAGUACAUGUUCGUCCAUAUCCCCGAGACCACGAACGAACCCCAAGGAUCCGAGCAGAUCCGCCAUGCCGUCAGGUGGCUCGCUGCCCGCUCCACGGCACCAGCCCGGCUCGUCUCGCAGACGUUGGUGCAGGAUGUGGAGGCCGGGCUCUGCCGCGAGUUUGCUGGUAGGCUUCACCGUGAUCGGAGGGACCGUGACAUGGCGGGACUGCCCUCCCAGGGCCCUGCACCCGUCAUCGGCCUCUACAACACUGUCCUGGCUUUCUUGGCUGGCCUUGUGUCGUCCCCGAGUCUGGCUGGCCUCUCCUGGCCCGUGGCAGAGUUCUUGGUGCCAGGGGGUGGUGACUGCCUACCACAUCUGCUCUGGAACUCGGCUGAGCACCUGGAGUGGCUCCAGGGGGCAGUCCUGAGCCUGCGGCUGCCCGACUGGCCGCUGCCAGCCGUGGGGGCUCCUUGGAGCCAGCUGGUUGCCUCCAUCUUCCAGUACGUAUCUCAAAUCCCAUGGUCCCGCCACAGCCAGCCACUCCUUAUGUCCCAGUUGGAGAACCUUUUGGAGAGGCUGCGUCAGGACUGUGUGGGCCGAGGUGGGGGGCCGGACAAGGAGCCCACUUUCUGGGAGGUGCCCUGGGACGAAAUUGUCAUGCUCUGUGUAGAGCACCAACUCCGGGACUGGAACCCUCCUGGGUGCCCCGUGAGUGAAGAUGUCAUCAGUGACGACGGAGAAAUCUCGGUGUAUUUCCUGAGCGAUGGGCUGCAGGGCUUCAUACCGCCGUCCUGCUGGGUGGAUGCCGUAAAGCAGACGCACAGGGACAAGCAGCAGGGGAAGGCAGGGUGUCACCAGAGCAUGUGGCCUCAUCCUCGACUGGCCAGGCCACGUCUUCAACAGAAGCUGUUUCACAGCAUGGUUGAGGACCCUGAGUCCGGAUCCGGUGUUGCCCCUGUUUUGGAUGCUGCCUCCAGCCCCCAGGACCUCCUGGCUCGCAUUGAGGAGGAGAAAGAACAGAGCCGCAGGUUCGAGGACCAGCUGCGUACCUGGCUUGACGUCGAGUCCCUGGGCCCUUCCUCUUCCUCCUCACCACUUUUCUUGCCUUCUUUGUUACUGUCUGUACCGGAGAUCGUAGUGCCCUCCCCAAAGAUGGCUGCCCCACCUGCACUUGCCCUGCAGAAGGAGCGCAGUGUCCGCAGUGACCAGGCCAGGGGAGCUGCCAGUUCUAUGGCGAGGCGUCUACAGGAGCUGGAGCAGCUGAUCUCUGCAAGCCGGGAGGAGGAGCUCGCAUGUGAGCUGAAGCUAAGCUGCCUUCUGGACAUUGUUGAUGACUGAGUGUCAUGUGACCCACCUGAUGUCUGCCGUUGACUGCCACAAGUUGUCUCUCUUAUGCCUGAUUUCUGCAGUAUAUUUAGUUGUGUGGUACUUGUGCAUAUAUUGCUUUGAAGAGUAUGAUGUACAGUAAUUUACACAACAUUGGGAGUGUUGUAACUGGGGGAAAAACAUGUCAUAGGAAAUGGACAGUUUUUUAGGGUUUUUUUUUUUGUGCAAAUUUUAAAUAUUAAAAUGUUAUUGUAUUUAGAAACCCAUGGCUAUUUCUUUGUUUUUUUUCCAUCAUGAAACUUUGUUUAUUGUACUUUUAAAUUGAAUCACAAUUUGCUGCAGAAUCUUUAAAACCUGUGACGUUAUUUGCCCAUAUUAGACACUCAUACGUGGGGUUGUUACUGCUGUUUCUUUAACCUUGUGUAUUGUUGGUCAAAAUUAACAAUUUAGGUAAUAUCUGCAUUGUACACCAUUGCAAAAGUAUGUCUUUUUUUAGAUUCUUAAAGAAAUGUCAUGCAGCUCAAUUAUAUAUUCAUGUAAUUGAACUGAAGAUCACAGCAGUUCACUAAGCAGUCUGCCACUGAGUUCCUUUUAUAAACUGGCUGGCUGGUUUUUAAGAAAAUAUGCCCGUGGAUGCCCUACAGGUGGCAGCAGGGAGCCAUCUGCAUAUGUACAGACAGUCUGCUGGUUAAGAAUAUUCGACUGACUUGAUGUAGCUAAGAUAUUUUGCAUUUAAAAGCAGAUGGCCAUAGAUCCUAUCAUACUAAUUUAGUUUAAAACUAUUUUUAAUAUCAAACAUAUGCAUUACUUUAUGAUGCUCAUGAAAACAUCACCCUGCUUUAUUCUUUCGUGGGCUUGAGGUACAGUA